CGUCGUUGGUCUGGAUUUAUAAAGUUAAACAUUUUUCUUUUAAAAUGACUCUCGAAGAGCAGACGAAAAAUCAAAAUUAUAAGCUAUGGAUUAGAGGUUGUUUGGGAUUUAAGAAUUUAAGAGAGGGACUUGUUGAGACAGUGGAUACUAUCGUAAAAAAUCAACACGAGGAUUUUGUAAAAAAUCUUACCAGCACAGAAUGUGAUAAAUGCUCUUUGAAAACGCUUUUACCGAACCAUGUGAAGGUUAACAAUAAAUGUCCAAAAGGAAGAACAAAAUGUUUUUGCAUAGUGCAUUCUAAAAAUCGGAUGCCAUGUCCGAAUUCAUUUUGUGGGAGUGUAUACGACAGUAUAGUCGCUGACCACUUGUUUUCUGAACCAACUUGGUCAAACACGGAUCUGGCAAAAUGGGGACACAGCUAUUUUGAAAUAGCGAAAUGCUACAUUGGUUCGUCCGGAUAUAAGGAUAAACAUACUAUAGAGGAAGUAGACUGUAGUGCACUUUUAAACAUUAUCAUCAAUAACAGGGCAUUUGAACGUUUAUUAUGGAAAGCAGCUCAAGAUCCGUCAGCACAUUUUAUUCAGGCACGAGAUGACAGAAAUUACCUUUACCAUUCACCAAACCUGGAGGUUUCCGAUGACAAGCUUAAAAGCAUGAUUGAUAAUAUGUUGAACCUGCUUACCCUACCCGGAAUUAUAGACACUGACGGAAAGGUGAAACAAUCGAAGGAAAAUAUUCUUAAGAUAAGAAAUGGCAGUGUAGAUGUAUCUCCAAGAGACGAAAUAGAUAUUCAAAAGGAAAUAAUGAAAGAAUUAAAUUUAAGGAAACAGGAAGCUUUAGAAGAAAUUCAUAAAAGCAAACAAGAGUUACUAGAUCAGCUGCCAUGUCUAAAGGAACAUUGUAAAGCAAAGGUAAAUGAUAUUGUAGAUAAACAAAAUGCAACAGAGGCAGACAUAGCACAAAUAAGAGCUGAAUUCAAGAAACAUUGCGAAAUGGUAGACAGUAACUGCAAGGACUUGGAUUGUAAACAGAAGGAAUCAGUAUCAUCACUCGCAAACCUGCUUGCUUAUGUGAAAACUCUAGACACUCGAUUUGGAGGAUAUGAAGCUAACCAAACAGCCAUAGAGAAUAAAAUAUCAGAAGUCAACCAAACCAUUGACACUCAUUUGAUUGUCAAAUUAGAUAAAGAGAAUGAGAGGUCAAUGUUUGAGCAUGCAUCAGCAAAACUUCGAAAAAGAUACGAGUACACGCACAAUAAAGAAGGGCUGCAGAAAAAACUUUGCGACUAUUACAAGAGGUGCUUAUCAACGAUACCAGUGUCUCCGGUUUUAGAGGCUAUUUCUGGGACGGUUGAUGAGGUUUUUGUUGAGUUUUCAAUUGGCACAAAUUUGUCGUGGAAAGAAAAAGUUAACGAAUAUGAACAAGUCAAUCUCUAUAGAGAGAUAUUGUUUAAAAACGAUAAGUUAUGUAAAAGUGUGUAUCUACUCGGUGAAGCUGGAAUGGGUAAAACAACUUGGUGCAAAAAAUUCUUAAAUACCUGGGUAAAUGCUUGUUACAAAAAUCGUGGUAGCUGUAGGUCGCCGUUAGACUCAAGCGCUAAGGAAACAGAUAUUGAUGAGGGCGGUGAUGACAUACGUUGUUUACAACAGUUUGAUAUUUUAUUCUAUGUUGCUUUAAGGCGAGAAUCUAAACAGACUUUGAUCACUGAAAUGAUUAAACGUCACCCUGUAGUCAGUGAGUUUUCGUUGCAAACAGUUGUUGAUGAUGUCCUCAAGUAUGAGCCAGAAUCAUGCAUAAUUUUACUUGACGGCUUGGACGAAUGGGAACCAAGUGAAGACGUUGACAUUCCAAGUCGAGAAGGUUUGCGCGGAUGUACUGUUGUGACUACAAGUAGAAAGUACAGACUUGUUGGAAUAGACGAGGAGGACAAUGCAUUCUGUCCCGAUAGGAUUGUUGAAAUGACUGGCGUCCGAAAUAAAGAACAGCUAAUAAAGAAUGUGAUACGGCAACUGAAUAAUGUUAUGAAAAAAGGCAAUAUGGAAGGAGAUUACAAACAGUUUAUUAGAGAGGCAAAAGAAAUGAAAGACAGGGAUAUUCCAUAUCAGCAAAGACUUCCAGGGUACAUGGACAUUCCUUUACUUUUAAUCAUAAGCAUUUGCGUAUGGUUUGAUAAGGGUAAAAUUGAAGAUACACUAUAUAAAAACAUGUGUGGAAUUGUAGAAUUUAUGAUAAGAUAUGGCGAAGGCUUUACGCAAGGGGUAUAUAGGAAAAAGAAUAAAUGCUCCGGUAAAUUGGAAGGUAUUGAAAAUUUAAAUGAACUGAAAAAAGAAUGGACAAAACAAGUCGAAACGUUACCACCUAAUAUUAAGAACAAUGAUGUAAUUGUACCUUAUAGCGGAUUGAUAUUUAAGUUGUCAAAGUUUGCGUUUGAUACCCUUUUCAAUGCCGAACACAGAAGACAACUCACAUUUUCACAACCAGAGUUACUAAAGUUAUUCAGUAUUGAUGAGCUUCAUGUAAUAAUGAAGCUUGGACUUUUAUCACAAAGUGAGGUCACAGAGUCGUCCCUUUGUCCAAAGACAAGUCUUUCUUUUAUACACAAUGCAUUUCACUUAUUCUUUGCAGGCAUAUUCUUAGCUAGCUCUCUAAAAUUGUGUUCACUGAUAAACAGAAAUUCACAAGUUGUCAAAAUAUUAGCAGAUUACUUCAAGGAUCCAGUUGGAACAAAUCUUUUCAGCAUAGAUGGCACAGUUCUUUUUGCAUACAAUAUAAAUCCUGUUGAAGGUAGUAAAUUGUCAGAAAUUCUAUUCAAGGAAUUAUCUGCAAGUGAAUACAAUUCAUAUUCCGAUUAUUUCAACCAGUUCUUUUUGCGAAGUGUGCAAGUAGUGCACGAACAUGAUGAAGACUAUCCAUCUCAGGAAUUUCCUGUUUAUACGGAAAUGAUCUCUGUUCCGAAAAAUCUGGUAAAGGGAAAAAUGAAAUAUUUGAGUAUACUUUUAAAGACAAAUAUAAAACAUCUUAGAUUUGUUGAAAUGCCCGGUGAAGCAGCACCCGAGAUUCUUGAAAAUUUUAAAGAUAUGUUUCCUGCAGAGGCGUUAACGCUUUCUAUUUAUGACGUCAGUCAAAACACUCAAUGUUCAUCUGUUAUAAAAUCGUUACAAUGUUUUCCAGGGCUAAAAAAUUUAGAACUUCGUGGCAUUUCGAGAGAUUCCUCGCAACGGGAACAAUAUGUUUGUUUUGACCUCACGAACACUGUUCUCAAGAAACUAAAAUUGAAAGGAUUUUCAAAUAUAAAGAUACUGGUUAGAAAUCAUACUGAAGUUUCAUGUGAUGACGAUACUAAAUAUGAAAUUGAAAUUCAGAAUGUUAAAUAAACUUCUUUAUGAUAAGAAUGUAUUAUGCAUAGCUUUGGCAAAUGUCAAGAUCUGCAGGAAAUUACUGGAAAUUACGGAAAUGAAUUCACUUUGUGUCAAAGUCGUUCGUAAUAACCAACAAUUUCUGUAAACAAUAUCUUAUAAGAGACAUGGUGGAUUUGACCAAAAUUCACAGGACAGGCAUGAUACUCAGGAGGUCAUACAAAAGUUUCAGGCUGAUGCAUAAUAAAAUCACAACAGCGACAGCUAAAAAUGAUUUUAUUAUGUCCAAUGCUUAUAAAGAAAACAUAAAAUGCGCAUACUUUUGACAUAUGAUGCUGAUGGAUAAAUUAGGAUGAACUAGUACUAUUUCAUCAAGCUUCUGACAUUUCAUGUACAAUUUACACUAAAAUUUUCAGUUGCUUGACCCGAAACCUGUAAAAUAUUGUUUUACCCAACUUAAAAAGUUUCUAGUCUUCAAUAAAAGACAAUAAAAGAUACAUAUUUAUAAAUCUUUGUUGUUUAAAUUUAAUUAACAUGCUUGUUCCUCAUUAUGAUGUUCUUGUAAUGAAGAAGAAAGAAAAAAUAGUUUCAACACAGGAACCAAUGACUUUUUUUUUUUAAAUUUGGAAAAAGGGUGAUCCCUCAGAAUCAGUUAAACAACAAUAUUGUAUGAAAAUUGCAGAUUUGAUUUGAUUUGAUUGAGUUUGUUCAUGACAGAUAACGUCUCUCGAAGAAAUCUUUCUUAAAGCACCAUGUCAAUAAAAACCACCCUCUUACAUGUUACCGUUAAUAAGUUUCAUCAAGUGUGAAAACAUGUUUGUAGAUACAAAAAUGUAUCAUACAACAAUCCUCGUUAAAAGCUAAAAUAUUGUUUACUGAACACACAUGGGGUCAAUUACUUUGCAAUGGAACUGAUUUAAAAAAAAUUGUUAUUUCCUGAGGUUAAAUCGCAAAUACUCAUUUUUUGUCAUGUAAUUGGUUAAAUUGCAAAUAUUUUCAGAAUAUGAUUUGACUUAACUACAAAUUACAUUUCAAAAAUUUUUAAUAAGUAGGUACCUCAUAAUGCGGCAAAAACAUUAACGAGCAAUGUUUGAAUUUUGCUCUAAAAUUUCCAUCUUCUGGUAUUAUAUCAUUUGGCACUUCAAAAUGUUUAUGCAUUGUACUAUCCAUUACAACCAAGCAACCAAUCGAAACAUCUUCAUAACUUUAUCCGAAGAGCCGAAAUGUAACCGUUUAAAUCUGCUCAGCCAGUAUAAUUCUGUUAACAUAACAGUAUUGAACAUGUAAUAAUAAACUCCAAGCAGUAAAUGGAAGCUGGAAUAUAACUGAACUUAGCCUAGGAAAGUGCACACUUUGUAACUGUAUUGGUAGCAUUGGUGAUGAGAAUUUCAUUAUCUCUUAGAAUGUAAAGAGUUCACUAAGAAAAAGCAUAUAGAUUUAAAAUCUGUAAUUUAUACAGAUGCGAAACAUAAAGAUAAGUACAAGCAGUUUUGUGAAAUUACAAUAAAAGUUGUUAAUAGAUAAUGAUGCAAUCUGAUUUACGUCUAAAAUUAAUACCAUGAUGUGCUAUAAAGACCUGUCGCAUAUAUAAAAAUAUACUAUGCUCAUCCUGGAGUAAAAUAUUCUUAAUAGUAGAAAUUAAUUGAAAUCUAUGACAUUCUGCCUAAUAUGUCUGAUUUGAAUUAAAGAAUGUACAAACUGUAUGCAUUCCCUAUGGUGGCUGAUUUGUGCCAUUCGUGUUUUCGCCCCACGACCCCGCCAAGCGAAAUGUUAAAUAAAUAAAACUUCGCCGCGCGCCCUCGCUAAUAAGUGUGUUUUCGUCCCGCGACCCCGCGAAGCGAAAAGUCGAUAAUUAACAUGUUAAAUGGCGGGAGCGCGCACCGAAAACACGCUAAUUAGCGAGGACGCCCCCGACGUUUAAAUUCUUAAAUCUUGCCCCGCGCCCCGCGCGGCGAAGUUUUAUUUAUUAAACUUCGCCCCGCGCCCUCGCUAAUAAGCGUGUUUUCGCUGCGCGCCCCCGCCAUUUUAACUUGUAAAUAAAACUUCGCACCGCGGGAGCGCGGUGCGAGAUUUAAGAAAUAAAACGGCGGGGUCGCGCUUCGAAAACACGAUAAUUAGCGGGGGCGCGGAGCGAAGUUAAAUAAAUAAAACUUCGCAGCGCGCCCUCGCUAAUUAGCUUGUUUUCGUCCCGGGACCCUGCGAAGCGAAAAGUCGAUAAUUAACAUGUUAAAAUGGCGGGGGCGCCGAGCGAAAACACACUAAUUAGCGAGGGCUCCCCCGACGUUUAAAUUCUUAAAUCUUGCCCCGCGCCCCGGGAGGCGAAGUUUUAUUUAUUAACCUUCGCCCCGCGCCCUCGCUAAUAAGAGUGUUUUCGCUGCGCGCCCCCGCCAUUUUAACUUGUAAAUUUACGACUUUUCGCUUUGCGGGGUCGCGGGGCGAAAACACGAAUGGCACAAAUCAGCCACCAUAAUUCCCUACUAUCGGUCAAGUUAAGUUGGUCCUUUCUUAACAAAAGCCAAUUUUUUAAUGACACUAAUUAUUUAUAAUGAAUAUUAUGCGUAGCGCCUUAAGCUUAAGAUAUCUACUUUGUGUGUAGACAGUUAAACAUGUUUAUUCUAUAUUUACAAAGAGACUGUGUGGUAAUUUAAAAAAAAAGAUACUAGUUAAUCAUAAGUAAUGAUUUAAAAAAUUCAAAUUCGAGCAUUGUAUAUCUUUAACGUUUUUACAACAAUUAUUUAGUAAGGCAAUUUUUAGAUAAUGUUAAAUGGAUUCAUGAUGGAUCUCUAUACCAAAAAAUUGUAUUGGUAACAUUAUUGUUAUUUGAUAUACAAAAUACAAAAUGUCUCUCCUUCCAUAGAUUAUUAUGUAAAAUAUGUUACAGCUGACGUUGUUAAGUUAUUCAUAAAUUGAGUAUUGAAAUAAACUUGUACUUCAC